AUGUCUUUCAAUUUAUUGUCAACGAUUUAUUCAUUGAAAGUGCUCAAAUUAUCGGAUUACGGGAGAGUCAGGGAAUUAAUGCUGGUGAUUGAUUGCGCUUAGAAGUUGGUAUCGAUUACUACCAUAUGUCACAUGACAGUGAAUCAGGUAGAUCUUCGUGAGAAACAAAGUAGUUAUUGAAACGCAUGUACAUUCAUGUAACUAGCUAUUUGUUUAGGUGAAUCGUGUUGGCCAGCUUAUUUUCUCUCCAUACUCAACUGUUUCUAUGAAACGCAUGUUUCUGCAGAUGAGUUGAAUUCCAAUGAAAUCGUUUGCAUAUUUCAAUUCAAAAAGAGAAGAAUCAUUAUUCUUUUGAAAGAAACAUUGUUUUUUUUGUACUUCCUUUUUUUUUUAUUAUUAUGCCAUUAUUAUUGAAUCAUAGUACCUUUUUGUUCUUCCGAAUAAUUAAUUAUAUCAAGUUAAUUGUACACUUCUAAUCAAUUGCUACGGAUUAUACCCUUAAUGAACUAAUACUCUCAUUUUUUGCAUUUUUGGUGCUCUAUAAGAAUUGUUCUAACGCAUUAUAGGAAAACAUAGAUGCAGCGACAUAUUUCCAACCGAGAAAGAUCCAUAUUUUCAUUAUUACCGGCACAAUACGCGUCGAUCUUUCUCUUUUGCUUUCGGUAAGGUCUGACGAAUGUAAAGAUGUUCCUAGAUUGAUGAAACAAAGAAUUUUUAUUUUUACAGAUAUUCUCAGCAGUGACAACACAUUUAAUGAUUCUAAUAUAA